UUCAAAAUAUGCAUUAAUUAAAAAACAAGAUCCUUUAGAAAAAGCUAAAGAAUUAAGAAGAAAUCCAGAAAGAAAAGCUUUACAACAAGAAACAUUUAAAUUAGCAGAACUAGUUAGAGUAGAAAAAAACCUUAAAGAAGAAAAUAUAAAAAAAUAUGUGAAAAUAAUCAAAGAAGAGGCCAUAAAGAAGAAAGAACAGUUGAUAAUUAAGAAGCUUCUACAAUAUAUAGAAACUCAUAUAGAUAAAGUACAAAAACAAUAUAAAUAG